AUGACAUCUCAAGAUGACGCCGCGAUACACCAUAUGGGACACAAGAUACUGGGUGAUGCUGAACACGCAGGUUACACUAUUACGUGGCGAGAUAUCGCUUUGGACAUUGAUAUUGGUGGAAUGUUCUCUCAAAAGAAAACCAUUCGAACGCUCAAGGGCUCGACUGGAUUUAUGAAGCCAAAGGAGUCUUUGGCAAUUAUCGGCCCAUCUGGUGCCGGUAAAACUACUUUAAUGGACAUUCUUGCCAGUCAAAAGACACUAGGUCGCAUUUCUGGUGAACUUCUUGUAAACGGAGCACCACCAGAUGCAUUCUUUAAGAAACGUGCUGGCUACAUCUUUGUAAACAUGGCACACAUUCCAACCAUGACUGUCAGGGAAACAAUCAUGUUUGCUGCAGAGUGUCGAAUGCCUCGUGGGUCUACUCACGCUCAGAUUGUUGGUCGUGUGGACGACGUUUUGGAAUCGCUAAGGAUGACCGACGCACAGCAUACUCCAGUCGGAGAUGAAUUGAUUCGUGGUGUGUCUUCUGGUGAAAAGAAGCGUACUGAGGUUGGUAUUGAAAUGGUUGCCAAACCGAAAGUUCUCUUCUUUGACGAGCCAACCUCUGGUCUUGAUGACUUUGGUGCUCGUUUCACUAUGGAACUUGUGCUGAGUUACGUCCAAUCUGAGAACGUCUCGGUAGCAGUCGUCGUUCACCAGCCUGCUGAGGCUGUCUUCAAGCUCUUUGACAAUGUCAUCCUUAUCGGUGGUGGUGGUCGAAUUUGCUACUUUGGACCAGUCAGUCACUGUGAGAAAUACUUUUCUGAAUACGGCUUCCCGUGCCCUCCUCUAAUGAAUCCGAUCGAGCAUUACGUUGAUGUUAUCGCAGCCGAUACCGUCAGUGCCUCGGAAUACUAUGAGCGAUCACCUCUGUAUGCUGCCAAUGCUGCAGAGGAACGACGUCUCGCUCGACUUCGUUACAGUGCUGUGUCUCAUUCCACUCACAUUGUGGAACGUAACUCAUGGGACCAAUUCAGGCUCUUGACUACUCGUGUAAUAUUGAGGUAUCAAAGGAAUCCUUCAACUUCAUGGGGUCGUCUCGCCCUCUUCAUGUGCUUUGCUCUCUUCUUUGGUAGUAUCUUUUACCAAAUUCCUCACGCCGCAUCGUAUCUCGGUACAAUCAACCACGGUGUCGGCACCUUUGGUUUCUUGUCUAUCUUCGUGGCCAUCGCCUCUGUGCCUCAGUUCAUGGAGGAUCGUGAAUUGUACAUUCAAGAAUUCAGCGCGGCCUUUUAUACGCUACCUCCUUACUAUCUGACAUACUUUGUUGUAGAGGGUAUAUUUACCACAGUCAUUACCACUAUAUUGCUCACCACUGUCUACUUCAUGGAAGGAAUGCCCGCCAACAAGUUCGGACUUACAUAUGCCAUGAUGUUUGUUCAAAUGUGGGUCUCAACAGCUGUCGCUCGAGGCUGGUCUGCAUGGUGCAAGACACUGAUUCAAGCAUACACUGUGUUAUGGGCUGCUGGUCUGAUCUUCUUUGCGUUCUCUGGUGCUGUCGCUCCGUUCGGAGCUUUCAGCCAAGGACUUUUAUGGCUUACAGAUGUCAACUACUGGCGAUGGACUUACCAAUAUGUUCUCUACACGAUCACAUACGACUUGCCAGUCGAUUGUGACCAAGCAUUCCCAUUCCGCUCUCUCGCGCCCAUCUACUCUGGCAUAUACGAGAAGGCUGACGCUGGUGGACUAGUCUCCAACGGCUCUGAUACCGCUGCUGCUACCGCAGUCAGCAGCACUCUGAACCAGAUAGCUGCCAUCAACCAGAUAUUGGCCACAAACCCUCCUGCUGCGGUUGCUACCGAACUGACUGCUACUCUUGCUGCUUUGCAAACUCAGCUGUCAACAACCGCUCUUGGUGGUAGUGCUAUCCUUACAAAUGCCACGCUCAUCGCCAACCUGCAAGCCAGCAACACUAAAUUUGUUUCUACCAAUGCCGUCGUUCUGGCAUCCACGUCCAAUAACACAAAGACACUAUACCCGGCUACUGAAAAUAUUUGUAUCUACAAUCCACAAUCCUUCUUAGCUGCCUUCAACAGUAUUGGCAAAGAUUGCAUUGCCUGUGGUAAUGUCGCAUAUGCCGUCAACGUGUCACUCUUGAUAUUCUUUGUUCUGUUUACGUACACUGGUCUUUGGUAUUCCCGUGGUUACAGGCAACGAUAA